AUGUCUCAGACACCCGCACUCAUCCGAUGCCGCAGAACCACCCGCACCUACCGGCGGUGCCAGCGGCUGACCGAUCACCCAACCCAUACCUGCUGGCAGCACGACGAAGAGCGUAAACUAUUUAAUCUCCAAUGUACAGCAGCUACACAGAAGGGAUCCCGCUGUGAGCGUUUCGCGGAGAACACGUCCGUCAACCAGCGGUGCUGGCAGCAUCUUGAUGUCGGAACCGUUCCAAACUACCCCAGCGUAACGGUAGACUUUUCACUCCAGGCGAGGGAUGGUAGGCGGAGUUCGUGGAUGUCGCUGGAGGAAUCAACGGUGGAUCCACUGGAGGGAUCAUGGCGUAGGAGGUCUGGUGGAAGAUCGGUGAGAGCAGAGGGCCAGCCGGAAGCCAGCAAACCCACUACCAAGAAGUAUGGGUACAGCAGAAUCAUUGGCACUUCACCACUUACCGUCAUCCCCACGUCGCUAGGAUCCAUCUACGGGGGGGUUCAGCAGGAAAGCCGUUAG